CAUCUUCCCCUCUCAAGUUGAGCUAGAGAAGGUCUACUCCUCGUACAACCAGUGUCCAUGAACCAAAAGCUCAAAAAUGGCUUGAUCAUAACGACGAUUUGUUGUGUCAUUGCACUCAGUAUUUUCCUUACCGGUGCUACUGCUGUUGCCAUUACUAGUAUUGGACGAGAUUUGAAGUUUAAGCAGUCUGAUCUUCAAUGGCCAAUUAACGUCUAUUCUCUUUCGUAUGGUUGUCUGCUCUUGCUGUGUGGAAGGCUGGCAGACAUCAUCGGUAACAAGAAAAUGUUCCUUAUGGGCUCAGCUUGGUUCAGUCUUUGGAGUGUUGCUGCCGCCGUCGCCCCGAACUCAUGGACAUUCAUUCUCUUCCUAGGGUUGCUUGGUAUUGGUCCAGCUGCUAGUACCCCAGCCAGUAUCAGCAUCAUCUCCUCUUACUUCCCGCCCGGAAAGACAAGGAACCAAGCAUUUGCCAUUCUAGGAGCCGGACAGCCCAUUGGCUUCAUCGUUGGCAUGAUUCUAGGUGGUCUUCUGUCUCAAUCUGGAGCAUCUUGGCGUGCCAUUUUUGCCUUACAGGCAGGGUUGGGAUGCUUGUUGUGCGUCGUUGGUUGGAUCGUUCUUCCUACAGGUGACAUUUCGAGGCGUUACGAUAAAGGUCUUGACAUCGUCGGCGCAGUUCUAAGUACUGCUGGGUUGGCUUUGCUUGUGUAUGACCUUGGGGAGUCGACAAGUGCACCAAAGGGCUGGGCCACCCCAUUCAUACCUUCCCUUCUCAGCGUAUCGGUCGUCAUAAUCGUGCUCUUUGUCCUAUGGGAGUUGUGGCGUGAGGCGAAGGGCCAAUCCGUACUCCUUCCGAUGAGUAUGUGGAUCCAGCCUGGUACAAAGAUGGGUCCUGUUGUGCUACUCGUCAUCUUCGGUUGGUGGGGUUUCAAUACUAUGGCGUACUACGCGCCGUUGUAUUAUCAGCAGGUCCAGUUAUUGAGUCCUCUUCAGACUUCCGUUCGACUUGUUCCGCUUGGCGUUGUUGGACUGAUUACGAACUUGCUUACGGGCUAUUUGGUUGCUGUGGUCCCUGCACAGGCAUUGAUCAUCAUCGGUUUCAUGUCAGCUAUCGCUUCCUCUAUUAUUUUCUCGCUGAUCAAUGUGCACGCGAGCUACUGGGCAAUGGCAUUCAUAGUCAUGUGCACGCUGCCCAUUAUGGACAUAGCCUACACUAUCGGAAAUAUGCAAGUAUGUUUCGCAUUCGAUGGUAACUCACAAGCCGUGGCCGGUAGUAUCUUCAGUAUCGCAACUAGGCUCGGAACUUCGAUUGGUCUCGCCGUGACUUCAAGCAUCGCAUCUUCUGUCUCGGAGAAGUUCAAUCGUGUUCAUCCUGAUCUGGUAGCCACCGACCCCGACGUCCUCAUGGCCGGUUACCGAGCUGCAGGCUGGACUUGUUGCGGUGCUCUCGUGCUGAGCCUCAUCAUCGCUAUCUUCGGUAUGAGGGGUAUCGGUCUCGUGGGUCAACGAAGAUGCGUUGAAAAGCCUGACAGAGACAUCGAGUUGUCUCCUCAACUACCUGAGCAUAAUCAUGUGAGGGUGCCCGAUAUUGGCCCCGUCAGUGAAUCUACUAUUACUCAAGAAAGGAGAAGCCAAAGUUCCAGUCAUACUCGUGUCGAUCGCCAGAUCAGCGUCGUGGAUAGGCAUGAGUCCACGUUGUCGGAAAAGAAGAUGGCGGUAGAGAUGUCUGUAUAGAAUGUUAAACCAUCAAAGACUCAUGGAACGGCGUUUCAUCGAGUAGUAUACAAAGCAAGUUUUGGACAUCAUUAGACUUCCUCCCCUUGAGAAGUCGAAAACAACAAUGAUAUGGGUGCUUCAGACGCCGCCGCUUGGCCAUCAACGCGAACAUCAUAUGUGCGGAAUCCUCAUGUCUUUCACUGACGCAUAGGAUGCCAUGUCGGACAUGAACUCGAGGCAGAAAAGUUCGGAAAUAUCAUACGGGCAAUGCAAAGGAGCGUCGUACUGUACAGAUUUCUGAGGAAAAACGGGGUAUCAGAGAAGUGAAAGACAGAGUCUACGGAGUCAAAUUGCAUCGGAACCUGGGUGGAAGCAAAUAUCCUAUGACACCACUAGAAGAGUUGCUGAAUAUCCCGUUAAUAUUCGACAGGUAUUCUUCUGUACAAAACCUCUUCACGCUUGAUGUACUCCACUACGAGACGGCAUAUCCUCCUGUC